ACAUGCCUGCAAUGUACCUGUGCGCAUUUCCAUCUCCCUACUCUACGCCCUCGCCUCUCGAGGCCGUGGAAACGGACACCCUCCUCAUUCAGGUGGGGGCGAAACAGCUGCAUCAAGUCGAUGGCGACAUCUCAUAGAUCUGAAUCCCACCCAUCCACCCACACACGCACAGUCCGCACAGUCUCCCUGAUCGGGAAUUCACGGCCUUUGCGUUACACACAUCCCUCUGUCUACCCCGAAUCCCUUGACAGGUCACGAGUUUGCUUCUUCAAUCACGCGGCGGCCCCCUGCGCAGUGCAGAUGCCAGGUAAGGGGGUGCAACAAAGACCGGUUUCGGUUGAUUAUCUCGUCGAUAUUAAAACUUGUCCCAUCAACCGUGAUUUGCUUUUUGCUCGCUCAUACGCGAUCCGAUGGGGCGGAAGAUUAAACGCUCACGUAGAAGAGAGAGAAAGAGAAAGACGGAAAGAAGUACGCGCCGCUCUCUUGCAUCGAAUAAACUGGUUCCUGUCUAUGGGUAAUUCUGGUGGUGGUGGUGUCAUGUUGGAUGAUGCUGUGAUCCAUUGUUCCCGUUACGCCGCUGCGGGACAUCUGCGUGCGUUAUGCCGUGUUACGUUUGUGUCGCGUUCGUCUCGCGGGUUUUCUUCUUUUCCAUUGUUGUUUUUCGUUCCUCGGAGUCCAAUGGGUGUGUGUUCUCCUGUGAGGAACCAUGUCGAAUAA